AUGGCGGGAUACACGGCCACGGCGCGCGACCCGGAGGCCCCGGGGGCCCCGGAGGAAAAGCGCCGGUCCGCGGGCCGGAUGUGGACCGCGCUGGGGGGGGUGGCGGUCCUGGGCCUCUGCCUGGGGGGGGUCCUGCUGUUGGCCUGCUACUGGAACAGAAACCCGGACCGGAAGGGGAAGCAGAAGGAUGGCCUGGACCCCAGCGACCAGAGCUCCUCCCUGGCCGCCCCCCCCCCCAGCGGUGGGGGGGGUGGGGGGUGUGGGGGGGGCGGGGAGGAUCCCUUCUGCUGGCCGGGGCCCAAAACGCUGCGUCUAAGGCGAACCUCUCAGGGUUUCGGCUUCACGCUGCGCCACUUCAUCGUCUACCCGCCAGAGUCCGCCGUGCACAACUCGCUAAAGGACGACGAAAAUGGCAGCAGA